AUGGUGCAUGCCGACGCGUCCAACUUUGUCUCCAAUAUGAGCAAGCAGGAAGCGUAUACACAGGUGCUGGAACAGGCACGAGGAUUAUUCUAUGACCAGAGAAACUGGGUCUGCAACCUCUCCAACGCCGCAUCCCUAAUCUGGCACGCCCUCCACGCCCUCCCCUCCCCUUCCAACAAAACAAACUGGGCCGGCUUCUACGUCCUCGAUCCUUCUGCUCCAAUACGCCAACUCAUCCUCGGCCCCUUCCAAGGUAAAGUGGCAUGUCAGACCAUUCGCUUUGGCAGAGGUGUUUGUGGCACUGCUGCUUCUACACAACAGACGCAGUUGGUGGGGGAUGUGGAGGAGUUUCCGGGCCAUAUUGCUUGUGAUGCUGCGAGUAUGUCUGAGAUUGUGGUGCCGAUUGUGCAAGAGGGCAAGGUCGUUGCUAUCAUUGACGUCGACUGUGCUGUGAAAAACGGCUUUGAUGUCGAAGAUCAAAAGUACUUGGAAGAGCUGGCACAACUUAUUGCCGAAGCUUGCGAUUUUUGAGUGUGGCCUUUUUGUCGAAAAGCAGCAAGCUUUGUUUUCGCCGAGAACGAUAAAUUCAACAUUGAGAUGUAGAAGUCGAGCAUAGACUUUGGAGAUAUGCUUGAGAGGAACUGUCUGCUGAAUAGCAAAUCAGUCCGAGGACGAACCGCGGGACUUGCAAGUCCUGGAGGGUACUUUUAAGUAUCCUAUAUCUGCGGCUACCUCUGAUCAUCUUCGUGUAUAACAGGAGUGGGAUAUGGUUGAUGAUUUGCAUACAUCUGCUGCGAAGUUUUGUACCUAGAUGUCUUUUUUAGGGGAAGCAGAUAUUCCUAACCCUCCAUAAACCUGAGCAAAAAAUAUCUCAAACUUCAAAAGCAAUUAUCUUCGUCCACG